UCUCAAAAUGACACGUUGCAGGACUCUUUUGAAUUUAGAACAUUGUAGGGAGAUUAUUGAUCGCUUUUGUUAAACUAGGUCAUAACUCACAAUGAAAGUAGAGACGAAAUAUUUAGGAAAAAAGUCUCAAAGCGAAAAAUUUAAGGUUCUCAAUGAAGAGGUUCGUUCGUUCUACGACUAUUGCAAAGAAAUUGGAGUGAGUGAUGAUGAAAUGGAUAUUAUUUGUCGUCCUCUAUUGAACACUGUAAAAAAGGCGACAAUGAAGAGAUGGCGAAGAAUAAUCACAGCAAUUAUUAUAUUUCUUGCAAUAUUUUACAUUGUAUGUCAAACCGAUACAUUUCAAUGGCAUGCCACGGCCGUUGCUCGGGUGACUCUAAUAAAAUUACUGCCACUGUGGAAUUGGACACCUCUGUAUCAUAACCAAUGCAUUAUAGAGAGGAUUCCCCAGAAGUUCGAUGGAAACGCAGUGUCGACGAAGGAUUGUGUCACAUGUGAAGCUAUCCAAAACAUCGCGAGAAUCUCGAACACAGACCAUAAUGAAGUGUUUAAUAAUCACUUAAUGCGCGGCGCACCCGUUAUCGUCACAGAUGCGAACAUAGAAUGGCCGACUGGCGAAUACAAUUUCACAGGACUAGUCAACAACGACGAUAGACUUCGUGAGUCUGUUCCGUGCAGAAUUCUCACUAAUAUCCGCACUGGAAAGCAACCCAUGGACCUGCAGGAGAUCGUCCACCGCAUUACUGAAAGCACCAUUCCUAGUUGGUUUAUUCACUUCCAGAAUUGCGACAUUCGUGCUGUGAAAACUUUCCGCAUCCUUGCACCACGCCCGUAUUUCAUAUCAUCAGAGAUCCCCCCAUCCCAUUUCAAUUGGCUGAUCAUAUCCAAAAAUUACGACACGAAAAGAUUCAAGCAAUUGGAGUUCGAUAUCGGCUUGAUAGUAAUAUCUCAACUGAAGGGCAAAAACUAUAUUCAGUUGAAACCUCGGGACAGCUGCAAGAAUAUCUGUAGUGUGCUAAGCGUCGAGUUGCUGGAAGGUGAAACUUUAGUUUUGAGCAAUUUGCUUUGGGAGUUUGAGUAUUUGCCCGGUAAAGGCAAUAACUUUGCUCUGAUAACGGAGACAGAUUGGGUGGAGACAUUAUUGGAUUAGUUUUUUAUUGCUUGGCAUGGUUCAUGAUAUUAUACUUAGCUAUAUUUGUAGGUUAAGCACGCUCAUGUAACACCGAUUUGUUUAAAAUAAAGCUUCAGUAAAAACCGAUAAAAAAUUACGGGUUAUGUAAAAGUAUCAUCUAGAACACUAUCCUUAUUAGAUAUUAAUGAUCCGAAUGCGACUUAACGGAUCAAUACACUAUUAUAAAUAUUAAUUAUUAAAUAUACCUUAAUCUUUUUCUUUUCAAUAAACCAAGACAUGGUAGAAGAAUAUGAAAGAUUGUGGAUGAUAAGAAUAUUCCAAUUUCAGAUUGCAAUAACUCCAGAAACUCAGGCGUCUUUUAAUUCGACUAAUCCAUAUUGGUGACAGGUGCGAUUUCGCUACAUAAGCCCACAAUGUUUUUUUUUAUUUAAUUGUGUGAAUGGAAUUGCCAAAUAAUGAGCAUAAAUCGUGGCUACACCCAGAUAUUGCUUAAUUAUGGCCAAAAACAUUCCCAAAUCACGGUAGUAUGGCCGCAUUAGCAUUUUUAGAACAUCUUCAAUGUAAUGACAAGAAAUAUCCCUGGGACCAUAAAAAAACUCACACUUGGCAGCCGCAGAGCGGCGAAAGUUUGGAAAAAAUAAGUGGUUGGAAAUACCGAAGGCAAAAGAUCGUGCGGCCGCUCUCCAACAAGAUGGACCGACCCAAUUAAAAACUAGUCAUCCAAAUUCUCCAUGGUUGUAAAAGACCCGCUGGACAGAAACCGGUGGAGGCAGAUCAUCCGGUCCAGAUACCCUAAUACUGACCACGAUCCUCAUGUCUGAGGUCAGAAUGAGGGACCGACCCCAGAGUGAGAGGACAACCAUGAACAUUUAUGCUAUCAAACCCGAAUCUCAUUUUGAAAUCCCUGGUUUUGUUGAAAUUCAUCCAGGGUUCGUUCACAAAUUUUCUUUAAGUUAACAAACAUAAUCGUGAUUAUGGCCAAUAGUAGGUAGGUAAAUAAAAAUGAUAAAAAUAUAGGAUUAGGCUUACAACAGGCAUUGAUAUUUUUACACCGUAGACGCCUAAAAAAGGUGGAGGGAUUCAGAUACCACAAUAGGAACUAAACUGUGUAUAGUAACUAUGUGAUUGUGAGGUUAUAAGGUUGUUCAUAAAAUGGUAUUGAUUUACACUUUUUUACCUAAAUUAUAAAACCAUGUAGGCAUUAUAGAAGUUCUUGGACUUACUGGGAUUAUUGUGAUGAAUAUCACUCCUGUAAAUAAUAUCCCGCAUAAAUUAUUAUUGCGCUACUAUGUACUUGAGUAAUAAAUAUAUGUGUCUCAUUAUAUUAUACCUAACGAAAAGUUUUAA